GUAAUUUUGUUUAAUCAUGAUUGAUUUAAAAAAAUACUAUUGUUGGUGACAUUUUGUGGGAAUUUCUAUUGCGUUAAAAAUAAUGUUUAUGGGUAUUGCUGUGGAGAAUAUAAAAUUCUAUUAGGGCAUUACUUAAGGCUCAAAUUACGUAUAAUUUAGAAUUGCAGUUCCAGCAUGCCCUUCAUCACAAAGAUGCACAAAACUGUUGCAAUAGUAACCUGUUCCGCGGGUAUUGGUUACUUUUUGGGUAAAAAAUCGCAGUUUGCAAGCGAAUCAUUUAUAAAAAAUACUACUACAGUCUUAGUCCCACUUAGUCCGGUACCAAGUCUUGAAAGUGGUCACAGUCAGAGUGUUGCUGUUGGGAGAUGCGUCCAAGAUCCAGAUUCAGAAUGGCUCAGCUCGAUCAAGCGAAAAAUAUUAUUAUUUACUCGAAACAAUUCAAAUAUUUACGCCAAAAGUGUACCCUCCUCACAAAAUGAUGCUUUGGUUGUUAGAGAUGAAGGAGCUUUGCAACCAUCUUAUGAUAAAGCUAAGAGUAAUAAUGUAUCUUCUCCUGUUGGACAAAUUGUAAAGCAUGGUUUUCCCAGCACUGACAACUUGAGGUCAUAUGAAGAUUUUAUUAUAUCUUAUGACCGAAGAACAAGAACUGCAAACUGGGUUUUGGAACACCUUACACCAGAAAAAGUAACAAGAGUUGAAGGAAUUGAAAGGUAGUUCAAUAAUUUAUCAUAAAUGUCAUAAUCAUUGACUUCAUUGACAUUACAUGACAUAUUAGUAAUUAGACUUAGUUGUCAAGGCUACACUUAGAGCACUAGGCUAAGGAUAAUUCAUUAAAAUUUAGCAUAAUUUAUUUAACUUUAUUAUUGUUGACAAUUUCAGUGAGGCUAGGUUGAUAAUAAUUGAUAACAAUUGAUUUUUUGCAAUUUCUAUCGGUCUGUUCUACUACUGUUACUAACAGUGUUUAGUUAACUUGACUUAGUCUUAUUCUUCUUAUGUCUUCUUUGACUUGGGAGGUACAGUUGGCAAUCUGCCCCAAGGCGUGAGGCCCACUGAAGAUUAAUGAGGGUGUCUUUAAAACAAUCGAUCCAUCACAGGAACUUUUAAGAAAAUUAUUCAAAUUAACUUAUAAAGGGGUAGGACUGCAACAGUUAUGGGAGAAUUGCUGCUAAAUGGAAAAACAAAAAAAAUCAUGACCUAUACCCAGUGAUAUUACAUUUGAGCCCUUAUUCAGCAGUUUUGUAAACUUCAAUAAAUGAAUGUCCCUAUUAUUAUUUAAUAAGCAGCCUUUAUGAUUGAUAUUGAUUAAUUUUUUGUCCAGAUCCAAAAUGAAAUUUGUAGAGGAUCAGUCAGUUCAUAUGUUCCAUCGAGCUACCAACAAAGACUACCAGGGAAGUGGAUAUGACAGAGGGCAUCUAGCAGCUGCGGCUAAUCACAGGCAUUCUGUAACUGCAAUGAGCCAAACUUUUUUGCUUUCAAAUGUAGCUCCUCAGGUUUGUGGUCUGUUGAUGUGUGACAGUUACUCUCUAUUAUGCAGCUUUUUAUACUGAUUUACAAUGGUAUGUCAAGAGCCGCCCCCAAUGCAAUUGUGUGCUAACAGUAUCUGCUACUCAUCCCUGGGUCUGCAAUAAAAAAAAAUAUAAUUUUUGUCAUUUAAACUAUUAAUGUUGAUAUAAACUUGUGGUCAUUUUGGAAAAUUUCUAAAAAACAUUUAUAUAAAUAAUAUACAAUUUUCCUCUGGCUGUUUGAUGAGGAAAUACAGAUCAAUGUUAUGUUGAGCAUAGGUCAGUUGCCAAAAGAAGAGCAAUUUUGUAGCAAGGGGCUGGUGAAAGGGGUGGGGGUGGGGAAGAAAUAGCCUCACAAUGAAAUAUCAGCAGGGGACUCUCCUGUCUAAUGAAAGCAGGUAUAAAAAUGAUUUUGUGACCUGUCUACUUCAUUUUUUUGGAUCAUUGCCUGGAAAUAAGAUUCUUGUUAAGACUAGGUGUGAACUUAUGUUGAGUGGAGGAUUGCAAUUGCCUCAGGUCAUAAGGAUUGCGAUUGCCUCAGGUCAUAAGGAUUGCGAUUGCCUCAGGUCAUAAGGAUUGCGAUUGCCUCAGGUCAUAAGGAUUAAAAAAAGUACCAGCAAAAAAAGGGAAAUACUGGUAGGUUAAAACCAACACAGCAAUAAGAUUUACAUUGAAAACAAUAAAGUUGCCAAAGAUAAGAAUUGAUAAAAAAGAAGGUACCAACAGGUAAGAAUAGAAAUAAAUUAAGGUAUAAACAGGUGGUUGAAAUAAAUAAUGGUACAAAUUUAUAGUGAUUGUAAGAAAUGAAUUGAUUGAUAGAAAGUUUGAGUAAAGAAAUGAUGGUACCCUAAUUUUUCUGUUCUUUCAGGUUGGUGCAGGCUUCAAUCGAGAUGCUUGGAACAAUCUAGAAAAAUAUGUUAGAGCUCUGGCGCGUCGCAGUAAGAAUGUUUACGUUUGCACCGGUCCAUUAUAUUUGCCUAGGUGAGCUUACAUUUGCUAUAAUAAUAAUUGUAUCUAAAUCUUUUUAAAAUAAAUUCUUAAAUUCUUUCAACAUUGUACAGGUAAAUAUGUGGUAUUGAUUUUAAGAUAAACAUGAUGCUAUUUAUAUUGUUAUUUUAUUUGACUAACAUUUUGAUUUACACCUAAAGAAGCUAAAUUUUUUAUUUUUUUGCAGACUGAAUGUUUAUCUCCAGACUAUUAAAGUAUUCAUGGUUUCUAAAAUAUGUCUAGUUGACUCAAAAAAUCCCAUUACAAAUAAUGACCUACAAAAAAAAAGUCUAAAUCUUUGGUUUGUUUAAAGCAGGGGUGGACAACCUUUUUGAAUAGAUUGACACAAUAUAAUUGUUCUUUUUUUGGCAGGAGAAUAAUUUUUUUGAAUUUACUGUAGGUGGUAUUAUUGAGGAUUGACAAUUAUAUGCUGUGAUGAUUUUUUUUUUCAAAUGCUUUUACAAUCAUUUACAAUUGUAAUACCAGUAUUUUACAAAAAUAAUUAAUCCAGUUCCCCCAGAGAGUCUUAAGGGAUGGGGCAGCGUUAAACUUCCAGCGGGCCAUAGGUUGCCCACACUUUCCCAUGAGUGGCUGCUGCAACCUUCUUAUGUCCUUGGCAUAUAUUAGUUGCAUCUAUGUUGAGUGAUAUUGUACUUUUUCUGUUCCUGUACAUUCUGAUGAUUUUUUUUCCAAGCCUAAUCAUUGAUUCUUACAUUCUAGUUGCUAAUGUGGCUUGAUUUGCCCACUGAGAAAUUAGUAGUUUGCCUAUCCUCUUUCUGGUUCUGGUAAUGUUUCGUUGCUGCAUCCAUGUACUGGCAUCUCUGCAACGGUUCUCUCCGUUUCUACUGCCUAGCUUCAUAUCCAGUUUGCACAGGUCUCCCUUCACUAUAGCUCAGUUGUGCACGUUUUUGUAGCCAUAGUUUCUACCUAUUAAAUAUUGAAGAGUUUCUAGCCCCAAGCUAAAACCAUUCCAUUAGUGGCCUCAAAUGAUGUAGCGGUAGCACGGGUGGCAGCCGGUAAAUUCUUCUCUUGGUCAUCCAAGACUUUUUGUUUUUACUAGGCCUAGAUUUAAAACUAGUUAAAAAAUUUAAAGCUAUAUUUAAAACUCCCAGAGUACUUUUUUUUUUUUUUUUUUUUAAUGAACUGGUGUUAAAAGAUGAUUGUAUUGUAGCAUUGAAUUGUUCUAACAAUUUUUGUUAAGAACUAAAUACUUAAUUUAUUUCUUCUCUCAAUAAAACUUUUUAGGAAAGAACCAGACGGCAAAUUAUAUGUAAAAUAUGAAGUCAUUGGAGAAAAUCACGUAGCUGUCCCAACUCAUUUCUUUAAGGUAAAAUUGAAUAUUCCAUAAUUGUACCAUACUGGUAUAUCAUUAUGGGUAAAGUUGUAAUAACUUUUUUUUUAAAAAUUAACUCGUAACCCAAUUAAGUUUUUCCUCUGCUGUAUUUUUGUUGUUACAGUCAUUAAUCACCGAAGUACCAGCUGGACAUUUUAUAUAUGUCACCAAAAAGGUUUUAGCCAUUUUCCAUUCAAAAGUCACAAGUACAUCAUAGAAAGUGGAAAAGCUGAUUCCCAUCUAGGCACUGUAAACUUUUUCAGUUUACGAUCAUUUAAGAAGAUACUACAUUUAAAUUAGAGACCAUCCAUAUAUUAUGAAGAAAAAAGCUUCAUAUUUUGUAAAAACCAGAGAUGUCACUAUCCGUUAUAUUGCACAGUGCUUUAUCAUUAGUGGGAUUUUUAUUUUUACAUCGUUGUUUUUAAACCCUUGUCAAGCAGUUAGCUCCUCCUGUCUUGUCACUUAUGUACCAGGCUCUUAUCUAGCUCCUCCUAUUUUGUCACUUAUGUACCAGGCUCUUAACUAACUCCUCCUCCUUGUCACUUAUGUACCAGGCUCUUAUCUAGUCCCUCCUUUCUUGUCACAUAUGUACCAGGAUCUUAUCUAGUCCCUCCUUUCUUGUCACAUAUGUACCAGGAUCUUACCUAGCUCCUCCCAUCUUGUCACUUAUGUGUCAGGUGAUUAUCAACAAUCUAGAUGGUUCAAAAUCAUGAGGUUGUGUUUUUUUUUUUUUAAAUCUACUUUCCCCUUUUUUAAAUAGCUGUCUAGUGAAAGUUGUGCUAAAUAUUUGAAAACGUCAGAUUUUAUUGAACCAGUGAAUGAUUCACAAUAUUUUACAUUGUUGUAACGUUUUCAAUUUAUUAAGAACAAAAAUUGAAAAGAAAAUUAAGUUAAGAUACGGUAUAUGAAGUCUUUUUAAGCAGACCCAAAAAAUGAAUAUUUAACUUUAAUUUUUAUAGUAGCCUAACGUGCCAUGACCUAUAAAUUUUUAACGAUUAACAAUAAUAUAAAGAAAUUUUCGUUUUAUUUUAUAGAUUCAAUUUUGUAUAUGUCACAAUGGAUGAAAUGACCUUGAAAAUAGGAUAUUUUGUUGUAGAUAAUGUGCUGUAGUUUUGCAGUGUCAUGAUUUGUAUUUUUUGUAAUGUUUCCUUUAAUCAUGAAUUGAAGUCCGCCAUGUCUGACCACAAAGUGAUGAUUUGAAAUAUUCCUCUAAAAGCUGUGUACAUUUUGUGAGCAGAACCUUACCUUUUUAAAUAAGCAAAUAAGAUAUUUAUUGUGAUAGGAUGUUUAGGAUUUUUUUGGAUUUAAAUUUUUUGUUAUUCUAAUUGCCAGUAAUUACUUCUUAGGCAUUGGUGGACCGUAGUGCUCACUUAGCCAAUAAAUAAAAGUCUCAUGGUUAUAGAACUUCUUAUUACACAUCAGCUUUGUAUCGACUAGGAGAAAAAAAUGGAGUUUAAGACAUUGACUUAGUUUCUGUGGCCAAUAUGAAGGGGACCUACUCCUAGACAAGGCACUGUCUGCCACAGUAUGGGCUGUCCAAAGAGCCAUAUCAGCCAUAGUAUCCACCACAGAUAUGUCAUGUGGUUAGGGGAGGCCUGAACUUGUUAAACUUUACCGGGGAGAAUAUUUUAUCUUACCUUGUUUAGCUUUAUUAGAGGGAGACCACUUUAUCUAACCUUGCUGAGCUUAUUAGGGGAGACUACUUUUAUAUGUAACAGUGUGAAGCUUUCUUCUCUUUGGUUUCAGGUAGUUGUUGUGGAAAACCAAGACAAUCAGCUUGAACUUCAGUCUUAUGUAAUGCCCAAUCAGCCACUGCCUGAUGUAAAACUCCACCACUAUCUGAUGCCUCUAGAGAUGAUUGAAAGAGCGGCUGGGCUCAACUUUUUCCAAAAUAUUCCGAAAUCCGCAUUCAAGAAAAUAAAUGCUGUAUCAGGCUCUUGAUAAAAUAAAUAAGUGAUGCAGAUCUUAUAAGUUUUUACAACACAGUUUUCCUAUAGUAAAAGAUAUGUUACAAAAAUUCUAUUGGCGAAAUGAGAAAUGUGUUUUUGCAAUUGCCUUAGAAUAGAAUCGAAUAGUUGCUCGGAAAUAUAUUUUGCGUGUGUUAAAGGAACUGUUAUAUAUACUCAUUUUUAACCCAAAGAUGGAUAAUAGCAAUGAGCAUUAAAUUGUAGAUUCAAAUGGGAGGGGUUGACGGUGACUCACCAGAUAUUGUUUUCCAAAUAAAGAAUCACUUUUUUACAAUAGA